AUGUUUUAAUUUUUAACAUAAAAUAACUUGAAGAACUCUAUAAAGCUAUUCAUCAAUUAAAAUCAAAUGUUAUUCAAUAAUUGGAAUAUUUCAUUUAAAAUGCAAAUGAAUAGAUUAAACAAAUUUAGAUAUGGGGACAAUCAAACCUUACUUAUAGUUUCUUUGAUGAAUUAGAAAAACUAAUUAAUCAAUCUAAACUUGAUUAUUCCUUUUAAAAAUCCUUGGUUGAUCAAGUUAAUUAAAUUAAUUAAUCGCAGAAUCAAAAGAUCUUUAAAAAUUGAAUCUAUUUAAAUCAUAUUAAGAGACUUAGAAAUGUGA